AUGGCCUGUUGCGCUACUAGCUUCUGUGGCUUUCCCACCUGCUCCACUGGUGGCACCUGUGGCUCCAGCUGCUGCCAGCCCAGCUGCUGCCAGCCCAGCUGCUGCCAGCCCAGUUGUUGCCAACCCAGCUGCUGCCAGUCCAGUUGCUGCCAGCCUAGCUGCUGCCAGUCCAGCUGCUGCCAGCCCAGCUGCUGCCAAUCCAGUUGCUGCCAACCCAGCUGCUCCCAGACCAGCUGUUGCCAGCCCAGCUGCUGUGGCACUGGCAGUGGCCAGGAGGGUGGCAGUGGAGCCGUGAGCUGCCGUGUUAGAUGGUGCCGCCCUGACUGCCGAGUGGAGGGCACCUGCCUGCCCCCCUGCUGUGUGGCGAGCUGCACACCCCCAACCUGCUGCCAGCUGCACCACGCCCAGGCCUCCUGCUGCCGCCCAUCCUACUGUGGACAGUCCUGCUGCCGCCCAGCCUGCUGCUGCUACUGCUGCCCACCUAGCUGCUCUGAGUCUAACUGCUGUGAGCCUACCUGUUAA